UCACAGUACCUUCAGUGAAACUAACGUGUGUCAUCAUCAAAGACUGAAGCAAAAUAUAAAGCGUAGAUUUAUGAAGAUCAGCUCGCGAGGCUCCAUUCAGGAGUGGAUUAUGUGUUAAAUCCUGCCCCGGUCUUCUGUGUAAUUGAGUUCGUCUGAAGAUGCACGACUGUGGAUCUCAUGGUCGGGACUUUCGCGGAAACAAACGAGCUUCGAGGCAGUGUGGGGACAGCUGAAGGCUUCCUAUGAGGUCCCUUUGACAUCUUUUCGGCCCCUCGGCUCCUCCCAGUGGCACCAGCAGCAGGAAUAAGGGAUGUCACAAGUAUUUCUUCUUCUGAGCCUGCUCAGUUUCUCAUCUUGCAUCCAGGUGUCAUCCGCUGAAUCCUUCAAAAACGUGAUGGCAAAAUGGAUGAUGUACCGAGAUGAAUGUUUUCGAAAUAUAAGCAGCGAAUCCCCACUGACAGGUGUUGUGUGCAACAGCACGUUUGAUAAGUUCGCCUGCUGGCCCGAUGGGCUGCCCAAUACCACAGUGGGUGUGGCUUGCCCUUGGUACCUGCCCUGGCACAGUGAGGUCCGACAUGGGCUGGUGUAUCUGGAGUGUGAUGCAGAAGGACAGUGGAGUAAACAGAGAAAUGCCAGUGAAUGUGUGUCACGUGACCCCAGCCAAAUCAACAUGCAACACUACGGACGGAUUCUCAGUCAAUUUCGGACAAUGUACACCGUCGGAUAUUCUCUGUCUCUCGGGGCUUUGGUGCUGGCGUUGGGUAUCCUGGUGGCCUUUAGGAAACUGCACUGCAUGAGAAACAACGUCCACAUGAACCUCUUUGCCUCCUUCAUCCUGCGAGCCUCUUCUAUUCUCAUCAAGGAUGCCAUGUUGGAAAGACCUGACACCUUCCAUGUUGCUCAGGACAUCACCGCUGAGCUGGAGGUGGAGUGGCUGGUUGAAAACGAGACGGCCGUUGGCUGCAGGGUUGCCAUGGUAAUGAUGCAAUACAGCAUCUUGGCUAACAGCUAUUGGCUGCUGGUAGAGGGAAUCUAUCUGCACAGCCUUCUGGUGGUCACGGUCUUAACAGAGAGGAAUUACUUCGGCAUCUACCUGUGUAUUGGCUGGGGAGCACCCUUGAUAUUCGUGUUGCCGUGGGUUAUCGUCAAGUACUUGUACGAGAAUGAAGAAUGCUGGGUGCAGAACAUACACAUGGAAUACUGGUGGAUCAUUCGUUCUCCAAUCCUGCUGGCCGUCGUGAUUAACUUCUUCAUCUUCAUACACAUCAUAAAGAUCCUUGUGUCCAAACUGAGGGCGCACCAAAUGAGAUAUUCUGACUACAAGUUCCGGCUUGCUAAGUCCACCCUCACCCUGAUUCCGUUACUGGGGAUCCAUUCGGUCCUGUUUUCCUUUGUUACUGAUGAGUCUACCUCACACGGUGCUCUACCCCUGCGCCUCACCAAACUCUUCAUUGACCUCUUCUUUAACUCCUUCCAGGGGCUGCUGGUAGCCAUCUUAUACUGCUUUGUCAACAAAGAGGUUCAGUCUGAGAUUCUGAAGAAGUGGAGACGUUGGAAGCUUGGGAGGGACAUCGAGGAAGAGUACCGCCAUACCUACAGCCAGACCCUUCAGAUGAAGAGCGGCAGCAUCCUGGUCCAUCCUCACACAACCUCUCGCCUCUGCAGUCCAGAAGAGAAGCAGGCACUCGUGUCCAACAGUCAGAAUGGCGUAAGCAGUAAACAGGGAUGCCUGCCGUUCACCUCCCCGCCACAAGAUGGCUCCACCUGCAGUUCAAUAACAGAGGACACAGCAGUAGCGGACAGAUUACAGUGUUCGAGCGUCUCGCAGGGCAAAGCGGAGAGCAACCUGUGAGCUGAAGAAGCGUUUUAGGCAAGACCCUUAUGUAUCGGUCCUAGAUGGCGUGAGAGGUGUGCGUUUGUGUGUGUUUGUGUGUCAUCCGUGUGAGAAUGUGACAGCACCUUUAUUGCCCUCUCUGAAGCUCAAUAGGCAACUCAAGAUGGACAGCUGUCCAACGCAUCAAAUGGUGCUCAGUUGUCCCGGUGAUCUUAAAGGUUUGCACAAAUGUUGAAAAACAGAUGAACGGAGUCUUACCUCUAGUCUUUUAAAGCUGUCUGUGAUAUUGAUAUAUGUGUGAUAAAUACACAGAAAAGCAUGCAGGGUCCAAAGGAACCAUCACAACCAAACACCUACAACCAUCGUCUCUCGACGGGUGGAAUAUUAAAGAAGAGAUCUCUGCUUAAAAGAGCAGUGAGGACCAGCAUGGAUUUGUGUUUUUACGUGGUUCUGGUCUAGAUGAUGGACCAGCAUAGCCAUGUACUGGUCAAGGUCAUUCUUUGACUUUUCUAGAGAUGGUCAAAAACUAUUUGCUGGUUAAGCUAGUUACUUAAUGACACCAGCACAACAGCAUCCAAUGUUGGGGACUAUCUCAAAAAACAACAUAUACUGUUGACCAGCAAUGCUGGUCUUUUUAACAUGGUCGUGGUCUUCAUGUUAUUGUCUUUUUGGAAAAACAAUGGAUGUUUUUUGGGUAACAAGUAAAGCUGUUUCGAUGUUAAGUUUGACAAAAUUAUUGACUUUACAAAUUUUUGCAGAGGCAAGAAGGUAAGAAAUGAUCAAACAUUGGUGAUUAUACAAAACAAUGUAAGUCGAGUGCAAAACCCACUGGUCACAUAUAGACUUCAGAUAGAUGUAAAUUUGAAUAUCAAGUAUGUUACAUUAAUGUUCCACUAUUUAUCAAGAUGAUCUGCUCUCUUCAAAGAAAACAUGUUCAACGCCAAAUACAUUCACAUGUAAAAGGUUUUUGAUGAGUCGAUGCAUUAUAGUAGUAUGUCAGAAUCCCACAAGCUGGUGCUCAAAUGAUGUUCCUGUUAAUGUGCUCAGCAGUCAGUAUUAUCUAGUCCUAGUACACAUUAAAAUAUUUUUGGCAUACAACUUUGAAAGACGUCUGGGAAGUGUGGGAGGAUCCUUGAGAAACGGGGCCAGAUAGCAAUGAGAAAAUGUUGAACAAAUUACAUCUACGGACAUCGAUCAAAAUGCUUCCUCGCUCAGAGGAUGUCUUCACGCUGAGUUCAGGAUAUAUUUGCUUUGUGAAUACCAGCCGGCAACACUGAAAUGAGUUUGUGGCGGUUUAAAGGUGAAGUGUAUCAUUUCUGUAUCAACAGAGGAACCAAAUUACCCCAAAUUGUCUCGACAUAAAAGCGUUUGAGUUCUGGAGCACGUCUGUCUGAACCAGGCUUCAAGAUUUGCAGGUAGAUGUUGUACCUACACCAUUUUGUGACCAUCUCUUUGUCAGGAGAUCAUUUUCCACAGCUCCACAAAGUUUUGUAUGGCCAUAGACAAAGACAGAGAAGCCCCAGCGGAAUAUUACAGAGUAAUGGAAGAUGGAGGAUUAUUUUAUACUAAUGGCGCAGACAUUACACACUUCACUUUUAAUGUCUAUGAGCAGCUGAUGCCCCAUAUUGUGGCAUUUGUGUGCAUAAAAAUGCACAUUUAUAUUAUUUUCUUUGGAUCGUCGAACGCUUGAUGAUCAUGAUGAUGAUUAUGGCAGAUAACUGUGUGUGGCAAUUUGUACAAUUGUUAAUUUAUAAUUGUUGAAUAUGUAGAUAUCGCUUUAUGCCUGUUGAGAUUUGUAAUGACUUUGUUUUGUGGUGUCUGUUAUUUGUGCACAUGGUGUGUAUUUUGUGCGCUUUAUGAUACUGUGAGGACUGCUUUAGCUCUCGUUAUGCUCGGAAGACAAAUUACUGACGUUAUUCGAUUUCUAGUGCCGAGAUAAAUCAGCCCUGCUUCUGUGUUAAAGGUGAGGUGGAUGUGGUUACUUUGUAAUAAGUGCAAGCGGUGGACUCUAAUAAAGGGCACAGUGCAAAACAUUGUUUUAAAAAAAUAGGGAAAUUUUUGUCACCACAUGGGAUCAAAGAUCAAGAGCUCCUGUGUUUGUCUGCAAACACAACAACCCCUCUUUCCAACACAAAUCUGAGAAGAACGGCAUCAUUUAGCAUGACAGUAAAUAGAAGUGAAUAA